AUGGCAGCCUCACUAAUCAAUCCAGGCUCGACUGAAAAUGCAAGUGUCCGGAACCAACAUGAUCAAACCUUUGAAGAAGACAUCAACCUCAAGCAUAUGGAACUCCUCGUCCACUUGGCCACCAAUAAAGAGCUUCUAAUACUCACUCACGGCGCCAAAAACGAAGUCUCUAGCCCCGAACUCGCCCUUGGCCUCAAAAAAGGUCUGGAGUCACCAUAUCUCAUGUACCAGCUGCUUGCAUUUUCCGCCCGUCAUCUGGCCUUUCUGAAACCCGAGCGUUCGGCCUCUUAUCUACACCAAGCCGUCGCACUGCAAACUCGCGCUGUCUCGAUAUUCAAUGCGGCCUGGACAGAAAUUAACCAGUCUAACUGCGUUUCUAUACUACUGUUCUCAUCGAUCCUUGGGCACCAUCUACUCACCGACACGCUCGCUAAACGGACACCAAAUGGUAUCGACGAAUUCAUGACCAAUUACGUGCAAUUCGUCGAAAUGCAUAGGGGUAUACAUACCAUUGCUAUGACGGCAAAGACUCAGCUGAUGCAGUCGGAACUCGAACCAAUACUUUCAUGGAGUGCGUCGUUUACAUCGCGCUCACCGAGGGGAAACGACUGCAGAAGAGCCAGUGAGUUGGUGGAUCAAGCGGAAAGUCUAGGCCUGGAGGAUAAGAAAGCCUGUCAGCUCGUGAUUAGGUUCCUUCAGGUUGGAUUUGAUGCUGUGUUCUCGAGGGAGGAACAGGGGAACAGAUACCAUAUGCUCUGCACUUGGCCAAUGCUGGGACCUCCUGAGUUUACAGCUUUGUUGGUAGCUAGAAAGCCGGAGGCUUUGGUCAUACUGGCUUACUAUGCAGCGUUGCUGCAGCAUGGGAAACAUCUUUGGCAGAUCGGGGAUGCUGGGACCGUGCAGUUUUGCAUUACAUGGAAUGUUGAAAAUCCCAGUUAA